UGCAUUAAUUGUCCGCUCGUUAUUUUGUAAAUAUUUAAAGUCGUUUUAGUCGAGCCGUUACAGCACUCCGAAAAUAAAGCCUUUAAUGACCGGCUAAAAUUGGACCGGUUAAUAAGUGUCGGAAAAUGUGAUUAAUCUCGAAAAUUUCCGGUAAAAUUCUCUUCUUUUUUUCGUUUCUCUUGUUUUUUGGCGCCGGUAUCGUUUUGUGGGCAGUAGUCUAAAUUUGAACGUCGCGCACGCGCCAAAAUACAUUUGUAAAUAAAAUUAAAAUGGAAAAUAAAAAUAAUCAUAGAUAUGUCCGCGAGUUUUCUUCAUGUUUUCGGUCGUGUCGCGAAGACCACGUGAUUUGGCCGUGUGCGAACUUUUGACAGACGUUUGAAUUUGGCGCUUUAGUUUUUGUUUUACGCGAUCAUGGAUCGUACGAUGUAUGGGAAAAUUGUGCCCGGGACUUUACACCCCUAUCAGUGCACACUCAAAAAUGGGACUUCCCCCGGAUGUUGCCGGAAACGUGAAAAAAUUCCGAUUUAUGUGGUAGAGUAUCAUCAUGAAGUCUUGCCCCAUAUUUAUCGCAAUAUGGGGGCGAAGUUCUUGCCUUUGGAGGGUAACACAAUGGUACAUUUUGACUCGCAUCCUGAUAUGUUAAUUCCCAAAAAUAUGCCUGAGAAUUUCGUGUACGAAAAAGAGAAACUGUUCGAGGAAAUUAGUAUCGAAAAUUGGAUGUUACCAGGGGCUUACGCUGGUCAUUUCAAGACUCUUUGGUGGAUCAAGCCGCCAUGGGCUCAUCAGAUUAAAGACAGUGAUCAGAAAUUUUUGAUCGGGAGGAAUAAAAACGGCCACAUUCGGGUCGACUGUAAAGAGAAUUAUUUCGUUUCGGAGUGUUUGGUCGCCAAAACGGAAGAUUUGGAGGGUGUUAGAGAAAUUUCUUUGAGGGUUGCAACACUGGGGGAGAAUUUUGAACAAAAACUUUUGACCGAAGUCGAGGGACCCUACAUUCUGGACAUUGAUUUGGAUUUUUUCAGUACGAGUAAUCCGUUCAAGAAUAUUUAUGACAAGGCUGGUACUUACAACAAAUUGAAAGAGAUUUAUAAAUUUGAGAAAUUCUGUGAUGAUAUUUUUGAAUGUAUGUCAAAGCGGGAAAAGCAGAUUGAAAUUUUGGAAAGGAUUUUCAAGCACAUGCAAGAAAGGAAGUGUCUCCCGGAUGACGUUCCGAGUGAAGUUCGGGAAUUGAGAGAUAAGUUGUUGAAGUUUUACACGGAGGAAGAAAUCGAUUGGGAGUUGGUUCAUGAUGCGGGUUGCACUUGUGAUGAUACGGAGCUGCCUCAUCAUGUGUCAAGUUGUGAAGAAUUGGGAGUUAUGUUUGAGCGUUUUCGGGGAGUUUUAGAAGGAUUGAAGACACCUCCAGUGAUUGUGACUGUGUCACGGUCAACAGAGGAUGAUUAUACACCGAGUGAGGACGUUGAGUUGAUCCAAAAGUCCGUUUUGAGGAUUGUUAGGGAAAAAUUCAAUUGUGAUGAACCAAUCUUGGACUACAGUGAUGAAAAUACCGAAUAAAUGAGUGAAAAGGUGUUUUCUUUUUCAAUUAUAUCGUAAUAACAGUGGAUUAAAAGUAAGAGUAUUUCGUUUUGAAAUGUUUAGGCAUGUCAUCUUUUUUAAUUGAAAUUUUUUUAGUGAAAUUUCGGGCGUUUGUUAUUGAUUAUUAAUUAAUUAAUUAAUAGUAGUGGAAAACAUGGAAGAUGUGGAAAAGAUUUUAAGCAUGUGUAAGACCGGAAUUGCGGGAGUUGAGAGAGGGUUGUUGAAGUCCAGGUGUUAGUAAAUUUAUGAGAAGUUGGCAUCCAGUGCGUUAGAAUUGCUUGUAUAAAGGAAUUUAUUUAAUUUGAAGUUGAUUUGAGAUUCGUUUUUGAAUUGUAGGGGAAGUUCCGGAAUUGACUUUUUAGUUUUACUGAACUAUAACUAUAUUUGAAUUUCCAGUUAAAGUAAUGUUAGAGAAAAUUAUUUCAUGUUGACCUAAUUUUGAUAAAAUUUGUAUUCAAGAGAGUGUUGAAUAAACGAGUAAAAUGUG